AUGGCGCUCGUUCAACAGGCGUUGCAAGCAGCUCCCAACAACCAAUUCAUUCCCUUGCCCACAACACCACUCCCGAAUGAGAUAAUGGCUGAGAUAUUCGCUCACUGCGUACCAGGCGAUGCGAAAAUCAACCUACUUGAUCCAUCAGAAUGCCCUCUCCUGCUUCUCAGAAUUUGCAGAACAUGGCGAAACCUCGCACUCUCGACACCUGUCCUUUGGUCAACACUUUCCUUUGACCUGGAAUGCAUAGACUCGGUAGAGGAAAGGAUCAACGACAUCUCACUUGUUGUCGAUACUUGGCUGGCCCGCGCACGCCGCCGCCCCUUGAUAGUCGGUAUCGCCGGACUCUGGUCAGCUGGCUCGGCCUUGGGAGGUCUACGGACAAUUCUACGACCGCUGUCGAAAACAAUCCACAAGCAUUCGCCGAAUAUUACGCGUCUUAUUUGGCGGCUUGCGCAUGCGUCAGAAGCAGACUUUUUCAUCCCAUACCCAAUGAACUGGGCACGACUCAUUGAGCUUGAACUGGUGCCGCCAGACCUUUAUGGCGAGGUGGAGAGUGAUGACGCACCUGUCGAAAUAUUUGCCAACGCACCACUACUCCGCAAGAUUUCGAUUACAAGGGUCCAAGCUGAAGCCUUCGAUCUUCCCUUGGCGCAGUUAACCCACUUGCGUCAGGAGUGUGUAUACGCGCACCAAUGUCUCCCGAUACUCUCUGCACUACCCAAGCUCAUCCAGUGCCAUCUUUACUCUGUAGACCGCGAGCUAGAGCAAGACCUGCUCCUCUCGAUAAAGACAUACCCCUCGAUCAAACACUUGUCCCUUACCGAAAACCAAUGGAUUGCCGUACAUUCCCCGACGCUCUCAAAAAACAUCCUUGGGUUUAUGACACUGCCGGCUCUGGAGUCUCUCGAUCUGGCCGGGGCAGAUCGCAUAGAUGCCGACCUCCUGGUAGCGUUCUUGAAGCGCUCUUCGCCCCCGUUACGACGGCUUGCAUUUCAUCCGAUUGAAACACUGCAACUCAACUCAAUCAAGCCAUUCCAUCUCCUACCAAGCCUCGAGGAGCUCGAAAUCCACCGUCCUUCCCGUCAUUUGAUUGUGGGCUUUUGCCAGGAACUCGCCUUUAACACGGUCUUACCCCGAUUGCGGAGGCUGAUUAUCCACUCCCAUAGCUCGGUCGACGAAAUGGACUUCAUAGCUGACCAGGUGGGCCACGCUCUUCUGGCACGCGGGAAGCUGGUCAACUUACCACCACUCGACUUACUCAGGCUGAUUGUGCCGGUCGAUUUCGGUGAGACAAACCUAGCCAAGAUGAGCUCUGCAUUGGUUACUUUGGCGGGGCUCAAGGAGCAUGGGAUGAAUGUAUAUCUCGGAACGGAUGAGCUCUCCGCAAUAUAA